GAGCGGGCCGCCCUCUGCUGCUCUGCUGGAAGCCUCUUUUCUGGUUGGUCUGGCUGGAAGUGACCGGCUCCCGCGCUCCGCGGACAUAAAAAGGAGGCUUUCAGCCGUUCUGGAAACAUUUCUCUGAGUCGAGACUUACGAGAGCAUCUAACAAUGAGUGGCCGAGGCAAAACCGGAGGAAAAGCCAGAGCUAAGGCAAAGACCCGCUCCUCCCGUGCCGGGCUCCAGUUCCCAGUCGGCCGUGUUCACAGGCUGCUCCGCAAAGGGAACUACGCUCAGCGUGUGGGAGCCGGCGCCCCCGUCUACCUGGCGGCUGUGCUGGAGUACCUGACCGCUGAGAUCCUGGAGCUGGCUGGAAACGCUGCCCGCGACAACAAGAAGACCCGGAUCAUCCCCCGUCACCUGCAGCUGGCUGUCCGCAACGACGAGGAGCUCAACAAGCUGCUGGGCGGAGUGACCAUCGCUCAGGGCGGCGUGCUGCCCAACAUCCAGGCCGUCCUGCUGCCCAAGAAGACCGAGAAGCCCGCUAAGAAGUAACACUGGAGACCCGCUGACUGCUGGAAACCAGACCCAAAAAGGCUCUUUUAAGAGCCACUCACUCUCCUGAUAAAGACCUGUUUCUCAUGUGCCGCUGAAUGGAAAAAAUAACCUAUUGAUUUAAUAUAUUUAUAUCAUCAUAACUCCAUGAACACGAUAAACCAAUAACUUUGAGGAAAAACCCUACAGGCCUGUUGCCAUUUCGAAAGACAAGUCUAAUAUUAUUUAGCUUCCUCCAAAUAUAAUCCACAAUGACCAUAGAUCAAGAGAACUUCCUGUUUUUGUUGGUCAAUUUUUUUUUUUUUUUUUUUUU